AUGUGGUUCCGGCCACCACAAUGGAUCCCUUUAAUACUCCUCUUUAGCCCACUUCUAGUUACUGGAGAAGAGGUCGUUACCUGUACCCCUUUGGGUACGAUUGAGAAUGCAUCUUUUGAAGAUGGAUUCACAGGCUGGGGCUUUGUCUCGGGAACCUCGGGCUCAGUUGUUAGUGGAGAUGCCGCAGAUGGCUCAAGCUAUUUACAGGCGUCUGAUCAUCAGGUCACUGGAAUUUUCAUCUACCAGCAUCUCUCUAACUUAUUGCAAGACAAUACCUACACCAUCUCCUAUGAUUAUCGUCUAGUUCCCAACUCAGACAACGUAUUGAUGAGCUGCCAGCUAUACAUGUAUAUGGAUUCAUUCAGCACGGCUGGACGUCUCGCUCAGGUCAGCAAAACAGUUUACAACCAGAAUGUCGGUUGGAGCACUUUAUCUGGAUCGUUUACCCCUAGCAGCUCUGCAACCCACACUUUUGAGAUAUACGCCUACUGUGCAGAUGGUUCCGGGGACUAUGCUGGUGCAGCAAUUGACAUCGACAAUGUUGUUGUUUCAGGGCCGACAUCCAGCACGUGUACCACUGUGACCCCAACUAUUGGCUCUAGCUCGACUCCUCUGAGGUCUCUCAGCUCGUCAUCUAUUCCCUUUAUUCCUCCAAAGGCUUCCAGCACUUCUCUUGCUCAGUCGAGUCGCGCCGUCACUUCAGCUAGUGCAACCUUUACCAGUAUCAGACAAACGUCAACCCCCCUCGUCACUUCCUUGACCGGAGUCACUGCUUCAUCUUCAGGUGCUGUUAGUACUGGUAGUCUCAGCACUGGAACGGCUGCUAUCACUGUCGGCGCGGGGCAAAGCUCGUCCCAUCUCAUCGCUUCUUCAACAAGAGUUGCCGAUUCGUCUUCAAGCGUUGUUGGUACUGGUAGUCUCAGCACUGGAACGGCUGCUAUCUCUGUUGGCGCGGGGCAAAGUUCAACUCCCCUUGUCGCCUCCUUGACCGGAGUCGCUGCUUCAUCUUCAGGAGUCGUUGGUACUGGUAGUCUCAGCACUGGAACGGCUGCUAUCUCUGUCGGCACAGGACAAAGCUCGACUUCCAUUGUCGCCUCCUUGACAGGAGUCACUGCUUCAUCUUCAGGCGUUGUUGGUACUGGUAGCCUCAGCACUGGAACGGCUGCUACCACUGUUGGUGCAGGACAAAGCUCUAGUGGAAACAAGUUCACCACGUCUACGGUCUUGAGCACUCGCACAGCAACUAUCACAGCUUGUCCAUCAAGCGUAACUGAUUGUCCUGCUCGUGAGAAAACAACUCAGCUCACUACCGAAACAAUUCUUGUCUCUACUACGAUCUGUCCUGUUACUGCUGUUGAGGCCACUAAAACUGCUACAAUUGACGCUGGCGCUGAUGACGAGAACUUUACCACUUCAACCAUUCUCAGCACACGUACAUCUACCAUCACGGCUUGUCCAUCAAGCGUAACUGAUUGUCCUGCUCGUGAGAAAACAACUCAGCUCACCACCGAGACAAUUGUUGUCUCUACUACGAUCUGUCCGGUUACUGCUGUUAAAGCCACUCAAACUGCUACCAGUGUCGCUACCAGUGUCGCUACCAAUGUCGCCAUUGAUCUUGGCGCUAGUGACGAGAACUUUACCACUUCAACCAUUCUCAGCACACGUAUAGCUACCAUCACUGCUUGUCCAUCGAGCGUAACUGAUUGUCCUGCUCGUGAGAAAACAACCCAUCUCACCACCGAGACUAUUAUUCUCUCCACCACUAUCUGCCCAGUGACCGCAGCCGAAGCAAGCGCUACUUCCACGACUACACUGGGUUCCUAUAGCUCUGGCUCUGGUGCUGUUUCAAGCUCAGGCUCGAACUUUGUCUUUGAAUCCAGCUCACUUUCUAGCUCCACUGCCACCGUAACAGUGACUUUGACGCCAGUGCCCGAGUCUACGACUCUUUCUAUCGAGCCUGUCAGUGUUGAAGCAAAUGAACUGCUUGUUUCCACCUCGGUAUCAACAGUGACACCAACUAUUUUGUAUAAAUCGACCAUCACCAAGGUCGCGAGUUCUUCCGCGCUUCCUACUUCCCUAUCCCCUUCAUCAGGUAUUUACCAAGGUGGAUCCGGUUCGCCGACUAUAAGCUCUAGUGGACCCAUCUUCACUGGCGGCUCUGUGUCGCAAAACACUAUGUUGUCAGCAGGUUUGGUCUCAGCCUGCUCACUCCUUUUGGCCUUUGUAUUUGUUCUCUAG